CGCGAGAUCUCUGCUAUUGCCCAAGUGACUAUGAAUGAUCUCGCGAAAGGAAAGAAGUCGGAAGGGCUCGCGAGAUCUCAGAACACCCGACCCGAAAGGUUCUCGGGAAGUUCAAGCGCCCAGAGGUGGUCCCUGGGCAAAUGGCUGGAGCUGGGCCGACCAUGCUACUACGAGAGGAGAAUGGCUGUUGCAGUCGGCGUCAAAGCAGCUCCAGCGCCGGGGUUAGCGCAGGCUCGGGUUCAGAGACUGAGGAGCAAUCGGGCACCAAGAUGGGGGUAUGAAGGGGGAACUGCAGCUCCCGACAGCCUCUGGGCUGCGUGUGAGUGCCCCGCGGGAUGCCGGGAGCUGUGGUUCCGUGCGGCGGGGCGGGCAUCCCUGGCUGCGCGGUCUGAGUGCGUUUCCUGCCCCGUGCAGGACUCGGACGGGGAGCUUGAAGACUCUCCGGCUGCGCGUGCCCGGCAGCAACUGGAGGCGCUGCUCAACAAGACCAUGCGUAUUCGCAUGACAGAUGGGCGGACUCUAGUUGGCUGCUUCCUCUGCACCGACCGCGACUGCAAUGUCAUUCUGGGCUCGGCACAGGAGUUCCUCAAGCCGUCGGAUUCCUUCUCUGCCGGGGAACCCCGUGUGCUGGGUCUGGCCAUGGUACCGGGACACCACAUCGUUUCUAUUGAGGUGCAGAGGGAGAGCCUGUCAGGGCCCCCAUAUCUUUGACCACAAUCUUGCAUGUCUUUGAGACUUCAUUAAAUUUCUGACAGAAG